GGUCGACCUUCCUCGACGGCCUCGACCUUGCGAGAGGGAACUAAUAUGAUCAACCCUUACCCUGACAUCUCGUAUAAGAGAGCAAGUAUACAAGCUACAAGCUAUAAAAGUAGUAUAUGUCACAUCGAUCUGUCGGAUCUCGACACAACUCGCGGAUUUGAUCAAGCGACAACAACGUCAUCGACACAGAGUCAGUGACCGGGAUCUCGGGAGAAUCAAUCAUGACUGGGAACGGAAUUAGCGAGGACAGUCUAUCAUUUGGAUCGGAUCGAGCGCGUGAGGCUCUGGCCUAUCUGGAGGAGAUGAUCACCGGUGCCAUGGUUCAGAUGCUGAAGGAGCAGCAAAAGGUCAAUCGAUUGCUGUUGCGGUCAACAGAGUCUGACGGUACUGGAGAACAUCAAACGGCGGAGACUUCUGCUCAAAUACGCUUAGAUAUAUAUGACCGUGGUAAAGGGACCGAAAAAGACAUCAAAUUUCCACAAGCUUCUUCGAAUCCAUACUCUACGCGCUCUUCGGCCUUGUCCUUAGCUCGUUACAUGCGAAUAGUAGAGAUUUUACAUGAAACCUUGACAGAAGAUGCUUCGAUCACGAAGAGAGACGUCUUCUAUCGCGAUGUUCACCUGUUCUCCAGGCAAGCGAUUAGCGAUGAAAUUCUGGAUACGAUCGUUGCAUCCGCUGGCUUGUGUCGCAACGACUUCAGGCUCUCCGCCGCUGCGAAGGGUCUUCUUUACUGCCCCAUCGCCAAGGUGUUUGUCACGGGAGACGAAUCCGUUCUAGACUGCUCUACAGCACCGUGUCAUAUCCCCGAAGUAACAGUCGUCCGGACGAUUCAUUUUGAAAAACAGCCAAAGUGGCUCUUAAUAGUCGAGAAGGAGGCGGUAUACCAUACGCUCGUUACGAAUGGCUUUGCUACCAAUUUGCGACUCGGCCCUGGUAUCCUGAUCACUGGGAAAGGCUAUCCAGACCUGAAAACGUUGCGUUUUCUUCGGUAUCUGGCGGAUACGAUGCCAACGCUGAGGAUGUUCGUCUUGGUGGAUGCCGAUCCUCAUGGGAUUGACAUCGCGUCCGUCUAUCAAUUCGGGAGCAUGAAGUCUCAAAAUUCCACGGAAACGAAAGGCCUGGCACUCAAAGAUCGCCUAGUCUGGAUCGGCAUUAAAGCAACUUCCUGGUCAAGCCUCGGUAUCGAGUUUGAUAGAUUGCUCCCAUUAUCGGAGAAGGACAUCGCGUUUGCCUUAUCAAUGCUAAGAUCAAGAGUCGACAUGCCCCGACAUUGGCGGCGCGAACUCUGCUACAUGCUUCAUACACAGCGAAAAGCCGAGAUCCAGAUCCUCACAGAAAGUCUAGCUCAGGGUUCUUGGGCUCUGGAAAACUCUGCUGCUAUCGAAUGCGCAGGGGACCCUCUGCUGGUCAGCCUGCUGCAACGAGAAAUAAGCGCAAGCACGUCCGUCCAGGCAGGAAGUAGCAAUGUCGGGCGUUCGGAAGCAGAUGCCGAUUCGUCAUGACGAAUCCUCAAGGAUCCCCGAU